GAUAGAUGGCGUUUGAUCUGCCGUGUUUUAUUGUUUGUAACAGCUCCACAGCACGGUAAGAGGAGCGUGAGGGAGAGAGACGGGUUAGAGGAAAUGGCGGACGGUGUGGAUCACAUUGAUAUCUACGCGGACGUGGAGGAGGAAUUUAACCAGGAAUCAGACUACCCUGUUCACGAGCAGAUCGAUUUGUAUGAUGAUGUAAUAUCGCCAUCAGCCAAUAAUGGUGAUGCUCCAGAGGACCGUGAUUACCUUGAUGCAUUGCCUGCACCAGGGAAUUCAGAGGGAGGAAAGAGCGCCCCUCCCAAUGUGGUGUAUACCUACACAGGAAAGAGGAUUGCCCUUUAUAUUGGAAACCUAACAUGGUGGACUACAGAUGAAGACUUGACAGAAGCCAUUCAGCUGAUAGGGAUUUCAGAUGUGCUGGAAAUCAAGUUUUUUGAAAACAGAGCAAAUGGCCAGUCAAAAGGGUUUGCCCUGGUGUGUGUGGGCUCAGAGGCAUCAUCCAGAAAGCUGAUGGACCUUCUGUCAAAGAGAGAACUCCAUGGCCAAAACCCCAUUGUCACGCCAUGCAACAAACAGUCGCUCAGCCAGUUUGAGAUGCAGUCGCGCAAGAGUACUCAGUCUGGCCAAAUGUCUGGAGAAGGUAAAGCUGGCCCCCCUGGCGCAGGCCUUCGUGGGGGUUUUUCCAUGGGUGGUAGAGGCAGAGGUAGAUUCCCUGGACCACCUACUCCUGGAGGAGAUCGCUUCCCUGGUCCUGUCGGGCCUGGUGGCCCACCACCACAUUUUCCUGGCGCGGGAAUGGCACCAGAUCUGAUUAGGCACCAAGAUGGCCUUCUGAUGGAUAUCAAUUUCAAUCCCUUCCAGCCAGGGGGCAGGAACGGGAGCUGGCGUGGCAGAGGGGUCAUGCAGGGUCCCCCUCGUCCUCCUCCUGGUCCACCCGGUCCCCCUGGCCCUCCGGGACCGCCACCACCUGGACAGGGCCUUCCCCCUCCUCUUGCUGGGCCUCCAAACCGUGGUGACAGGCCACCUCCUCCUGUUCUCUUCCCUGGUCAGUUUGGUCAGCCACCAAUGGGGCCCUUGCCUCCAGGCCCACCUCCACCAGGUUAUGGGCCCCCACCUGGUCCUCCACCCCCUCAACAAGGACCACCUCCUCCAGGACCUUUCCCUCCACGUCCCCCAGGCCCUAUUGGCCCCCCCAUGGCACUGGCACCACCUCCACACAUGGGUGGACCACCACCUGGUGGACCACCACCAGCUCCUCAUGUAAAUCCUGCCUUUUUUCCUCCUCCUGGAAACAACAAUAUGCCUCCCAACGACAGCCGAGGCCCACCAGGCCCCAACGACCCAUACGGACGCCCGCCACCAUAUGAGAGAGGCGACUAUGGUCCUGGAGGCCGAGAGAUGGAUGCAUCACGCACUCCCCUGAGUGAGGCAGAGUUUGAGGAGAUCAUGAACAGAAAUAGAGCCAUCUCCUCCAGUGCCAUAUCCAGAGCUGUGUCUGAUGCCAGUGCAGCUGAUUAUGGCAGUGCUAUAGAGACUUUGGUGACAGCUAUCAGUCUGAUCAAGCAAUCUAAAGUUUCCGCUGACGACCGGUGUAAGGUUCUCAUCAGCUCCUUGCAGGACUGCCUCCAUGGUAUCGAAUCAAAGAGUUAUGGCUCUGCCUCACGAAGAGAGCGCUCAAGGGAACGUGACCAUAGUCGCUCCAGAGAAAAGAGCAGACGCCACAAGUCUCGCAGCCGCGACAGGCAUGAGGACUACUACCGUGAACGCAGCCGUGAGCGAGACCGUCAUCGCGAAAGGGACCGUGACAGAGACAGAGAAAGAGAGAGGGAGAGAGAAUACCGGCACCGCUAGACCUAAAGGUCAAGCUCAAGAGGAUCAAGGAUGGAUGUAAAGAAAAGGAGGAACGCUAAACGUGCAAGCAAACCACCACUGUCCCCCUUCCAACACUGCAAGACUGGACUACAGCAACCACCACUUCCUCCUUCACCCACCCCACCAUGUCUCUCCUUCCUCUUUGUCUGUCUGACUGUGAGCAGUAGAUGGAGGAUCCAGACCUGUGUAUGGCCAUGUUAUCCAGGCGCCUGUACUUGUGGUAACUAAAAAACAAAUUCCAUACAGCUCUUCGGUUUUUACAAUGUUUUAUUUGACGUAAGGUUGAAUAUGUGUGACACUUUUUCGCAAAGAGAGAAUAAAAAGCUUGCUUGACCACCAAAUAUAAGAGACGUUAACAUUACAUCCCAUAUAUAUUUUUUAUUUUCUUUGCCUGUUAUAGCGGGCACAUUCAGUGUAGAGAUCAGUUUUUAUUGGGUACAUGUUUGAUGUUUUCUCUCCGCCCUCAUUCUAGUUUAUUCUUCCCUUAGUAUGUUUGUAAAUGUCUCUGCUUUUGAUUAAAUCUCAAUGGUGUUGUAAUAAAAAAAUGUUUACUGAG